AUGGAGACACCUACUAAGGAGUACCUUGAGGAGGUACUGGCCAUGAACAUCCCUGAAAUCAACGAAAUCAAUGAGAUCAAUGGUAAACAAUUAGAUAUUAUAGCCACAAAUGUUAAUAGAACUAUACAAGAUUUGAACUUAAUAUGUCAUGAAAUCGGGUAUUCAAAUGUAGAUAUUAGCUUGAAGAAGUCAGAAAUCUUUCAGGUACUUGAAGAAACCAUUCAGAACUUUACCGGUAACUUAGAAAGAGAAAAGGAAAGUAUCAUCAAUGAAUGUGAAUGGUUAAGACAACAAAUAAGAAUUAUUUUAUCAAUGGUAAAUGAUACUAAUGGGACUAAAUUAAGUGAAAUGAACAGAGGAAUUGUAUUUCAAGACUGGGAAAGUUAUGAUAGAGGAUAUAAGCUUGAAAUAGAGAAGAAAUUAAACUGUUUAAAAACUAGAAGAGAUGAUUUUUAUGAAGACUCACCUUUCAAUAUCAGUAAUAAUCAUGAAAUAAACCUAGAGAAGACUUAUGAGAAGAAAAUGAAUGAAAAGACCCCUUCAUUAACAUUAUUGCAAAACAAAAAUAAACUUAAUUCCAUAUUCCUUGAUGUUUUAAAGAUAUUCAUUAAGAAUUUCAAAAAAUUCAAUACUUUACAUUUGAAAUUGAUCGAAAUAAUGGAGAGUUUAGGGGAGGAAAAUGAUAUAAAUCCACCUAGAAAAGAUUCAGAAUAUCAUAGAGAGUUAAUCGAACAGUUUGAAAAUACUAUAAAAUGUUUAAGAUUAUCUGAUAAUACCUCAUCUUUUGCAUUAAACGAUAAUGAUAACGUACAAUUCAUAGUUUCCAGUCCUAAGAAAGGUAAACCUCAACCCAGAGACAUUAGUAAUACGUCAAGUGAUAUCAUGAACGAUUUAAGAGACAUAAACUAUAAUAUUGUUCGAGUAAUAAGGAGUCUUAAUUUCACCAAAAUAGACCAUAAUUUGAUCCAAUCAAUAAAUGAUAAAAUUUCCCAUUAUGAAAUACAAUUGAAUGAAAGAACAAGUAAGAUGAAUACCAUAAUAAAUCAAUGUUUCGAUAUCAUUGAAAAUCUACAAUUUAAUGAUGAACAAUUAAUGAAUAUUCAGAAAUUCUAUAGUGAUCAAGAAGGUGGAUACUUUGAUCUAGAAACGUUGAAGUUUAUUCAAUUGAAUCCUAAAGAGUUUGGAUUGAACACUGUUCAUUUGAAUUUCAUUGAAAAUUUCCAAAAUUUAUUAUUAAAAAUCAAACAAUCCAAAGAGAAGAAAUGGAAUUAUUAUUACACUAACUGUUCAAAACUUUGGGAAAAGUUGAAUGAAGAUAAUGCAUACAUAGACAACUUUGUUAAUUGUAAUAGUAACUUGACAGACAAUUCCAUAAUUAAUUUCAAAAUGGAGUUGAAUCGAUUGAUGACUAAAAGGUCAAAGAACAUCGAUAAGUUCAUUAUUGAUACCAAGAAUGAAAUCAAUAGUUAUUGGGACAAAUUGUAUUAUACUGAGGAUCAGAAAAAGGCAUUUAAACAUUAUCAAUUCAAAGCAAAUUUCGAUGAAAGUUUCGAUAAGGAAGUUAUACUAAAUGACCAUGAGACGGAAUUAAGUAAUCUCAAAGAAGAAUAUAAUAACAAGAAACUUAUACUAGAAGAAUAUGAACAAUUGAAUGAACUUUUGAAAGAUAAAGAAUUCCUUAUGGAAUCAUCAAAAGAUUCUUCAAGACUUCUAAGCAAAAAUUCAUGUAAGAUUCUUUUGAAUGAAGAAAGAAUAAGAAAGAAACUUUUAAAGACCUUACCUAAAUUAAUAUCAGACUUGAAAGCCAAAGUUGUUGAGUAUAAUAAUCAUCAAUUAAGCAAUGAAGGAAGAACUUUUACCAUCCAUAAUGAAGAUUUCUUUGAAAAAUUACUUUUGAUAGAAAAUCAACAAGUCAAAUCAAGACCAUUAAGAAGAAAAUCUCCCGUUAAACUGACAAAGACUGUUCAAAAACCAAAUGCUAAGCCUAGAUCAGUGCCCAAUAGAAGAAGAAUAGUGGCUACUUUAGAAUCAAGUCCUUUCAAGGAAACUUCAAGAUUAAAACCUUUACAAUCACCAUUAUUACCUCAUAAUAUGAAUUAUUCCCCUAAUACCAAUGUACCAUCAAAAUUAUCACCUAAAUUAUCACCUUUGAGAUACAAUUUGUCACCAACAAUAUCGACCACAUCAUUUAAAUCUCCUGGAUCAGUCAGAUCAACUCCUGAAGAUAAAGAGAAUAUUACUUUUGAUAUAGAUUUAGGAUUAACUCCUAUUAAAGUGUCAGAUUUGAAUUGGGAUAAGACAUCUACUCCUACUAGGAGUUCGAUUGCCAGGAGUUCUAUAGCUAGAAGUUCUAUGGGUGAUAUCAUGUCAGAUUAUCAACAAUGGAGAGAAGAGAGAUUAAGAAACUAG